AUGAAGUAUAGCCUCUUCAUCCUUGCGAACGGCCUCGGGCUUGUCGGUUGGACCACAGCCUUGCAACCUAAAACAUUGCAAUCUAAAACAGAUCCUAAUAAGGGAGUUGAGGGCGGUAACUGCCGAGUGUCUUCAAAUAGCUGCAUUGUAAAAGGCUAUCGCAAUGUGGGAACAGCAAAACUAGCUGAUGGUUCCGAUACUUUCAAUUGGGAACUUGUUGAUGAUAUUCCCAAAGAGUGCAGCAAGAAUUUCAAGUGUACGAAGGAUGAGGCCGGUUGUUCUGUUGACUGGGACGCCAAGCUAGUCUUUUGUUCAGUCGAUGGUAAAAAUCCGACAUUCGGGGACAAGUCCAAGAAGCCAUCCAGUCCCAAGAAGCCAGCCAGUCCCAAGAAGCUAGCCAGGCGCAAGCAACCAGCCAAGCCCGCGCCCAGGAAAGUUCGACGCAACUCACGCACUAGAAGAAGCGUUGGUAGAUAUUAA